ACGUGUAAACUAAAAAGUUUCUUCGUUGACUGUUGACCGCGUAGUCUAGAGAUUUCAAUACUUUGGUCACUCCCUCGUUCACCGCGACGAAGCCGUCGGAAAUCGGAACUACCAUGGAUUUUCCUCCGACGAAGCUUGAUUAUCAUGUAGACAUGUUCAAUCUUCAAUCUCAAUCCAGAUUUAUCUCCGUAUUUAAGGCGCAAGAUGGACGCAUAGCUCUAAUACUGGACUCGACGUUGUUUCAUCCACAAGGUGGUGGCCAGCCGGCAGACACCGGUUUAAUUGUUUUCUCCGGUUCGGAUUUCAAGUUUUCCGUUCAAGAUGUUCGAUCGAAAGACGGAAUUGUUCUCCAUUACGGAGUUUUCGAAGGUUCGAAUCCUGAGAGUGGAAUGGAUAUUGAGAAAGGGAAAGAAGUUUACGUAACUGUUGAUGAAUCAAGGCGUAAACUCAAUUCCAGGUUGCACUCAGCUGGACAUUUGCUAGAUUUGUGUAUGCAGAAAGUUGGGUUAGGGCAUUUGGAGCCUGGAAAAGGGUACCAUUUUCCGGACGGUCCAUUUGUAGAAUACAAAGGAAGCGUUCCACAGGGUCAGAUGGCAGUGAAGCAGAAAGAGUUGGAGGCAGAAGCUAAUGACCUGAUAACCAAAGGAGGAAAGGUUUAUGCUGCUAUAUUACCCUAUGAAGAGGCAUCUGUGCUCUGUGGUGGCAAUCUUCCUGAUUAUAUUUCCAAGGGCAGCACUCCCCGGAUCAUAAAAUUAGGUGACAGCCCCGGGUGUCCGUGUGGUGGAACCCAUGUCUCCGAUUUAUCUGAUAUCAUAGCCAUGAAGGUCACACAGAUGAGAACAAAGAAAGGAAUAACGAAAGUUUUCUACAGCAUUGCAUCUUGAUACUCUUAUGGGUUCCAGUUUCUAUACGGUAGAUAUACUAUAAGUCAAGGAAGGGAAUUAUAGUGAGGACGACUGUUUUCAUCAGUUGGCUUCAACAGCAAGCAGCUUCUCCUGUGCUCAACAGCCAUAAAUUUGUAUUUGUGGGUAUUUAUCAAUCUCUUAAACGACUCUCUCUAUCAUUGAUAAGUCGUAUAUGAUAUGAUAUUGAUGUGAUAUUAUCUUCCACUCAGCCUCUUAAUUAGUAUUACUAUAUUGACUCUUUGGUAUUGGAGAAUCGUACCGGACAUUUGGUCCUAGAUUUUUAUUCAUGCAUCGGUUUGGUUUA